AUGCAGUGUGAUGACGAUUCUGAAUUUCUUAUUAAUAAUUCAAAAAACAAAAAGAACCCGGGAAUCUUCUCAUUCCUGUUACAACACGGAAUGAAAGAUUUAUUUCUAACGUAUUUCCUUCCUGAUUUUUUCUCACCUCAAGAAAUUAUUCAAAUUUUCUGUUCUCAUCAUGCAUCGAAUCGAGCCUUGCGCAAAGAAAUUCUCACUUGUGAAUCAUUAUGGGAUUUGCAAUUUAAAUACUUGUUUCCCACAUUGUAUGAAAUGAAAAAUCAAAUAUUGAACUCGCAAUGGUGGACUUCUCAACGGGAAGAACAAUUAAAUCAAUUAGUGGACGAAUCACGAGAUGUAUUUAUUUUUUCAUCGGAUGGUCAGUCGUUAAUACCGCUCGAUCAACAUGAAGAGUACACCAAAGAAAUGAUUCGAAUUAGUUGUAGAAAUGAAGUCAUGAGUCUAGUAUUUGGAAUGAUGAUCGAUCAUGCGUUUUAUGAAACAAAUUUCUAUGAAAAUGAUAAUAUAACAAGUACUCACUAUGCCAAGAAUUUUGUUCUUCUUCGGUUUUUUUACUUGAUGAUCAAAAGUAAUCGAUUAUUGGACACUACUACAAGAUAUGAAGGAUUAUCCAUUCAUAAAAUUAUGCAGAAUAAUUUCAUGAAACAACAACAGCAGCAGCGUAUACCACCUCGAUUUCACAUGAUGGACUAUUUCAAAAUCUAUGAGUCAUUACUGGUGGACAUGAUAUUUAAAUCGAAUAUGCCUCUUGCUGCAUAUUCUCUUCUGAAAUUCGGAUGGAGCGAUGCAUGUGACGAUGAAAAGAUACCAAGUGAUGAAACAACAUACUAUCUUCCGUAUAUUGAUUUUUCGUAUGGUGACAGGAGAAGCUAUUACAAUAGAUUCUUUCAGAUUCAUCCCUUUGUGAAAUUAAAUGAAUGA